CUUCCCUGUUGUAAAGUGACAUUUUGCCUUUAUAGCCUCAGUUAUUGUUAAUAGACAGAAGAGAGAUAAGAACAUAUGCGUUACUAAACUUCAAGUUGGCGUUACUAAACUUCAAGUUGGCGUUACUCAACUCCGACUUGUCAUUACCAUCACAGUGUAGAGUUGAUCAGAUGGAGUCAAGGGAGAGGAGCUGUCACUGUUCAGUAUGCGGAGGAUGGCGGAGGAAGUGCAACCCACGGAGCCGAGUUCAUGGUGGAUUUCUAGUUGGCUUCCUUCUUGGUGUCCCACGUCCAUCUCAAAGCUCAAGGAUGCAGAGGCAAAAAUGCUCACGUGUGUCAGAAACCCAUUUUCCAGGCAGCAUGUGCGUAUAUCAGAUGGCAACUAUCUUUGGACCUUAGCCUUUACCUCUCAACAGCGAUCUCUAGACGGGGCCCAGCCCAAACACCGAGCCCAGCCUCGGCUCAAGCCUCCCCUGGUCCUACUCCAUGGUUUUGGGGGUGGCUUGGCGCUAUGGGUCCAUAACCUGGACGCUCUCUCAGACUUCGGAGCUGUCUAUGCCGUGGACCUUCUGGGCUUCGGCCGGAGUAGCCGGCCCCAGUUUGGCAUUGACCCCCAGCAGGUGGAGGAGCGGUUUGUGGCCUCCCUGGAGGAGUGGAGGGAGAAGGUGGCUCUGGAGCAGAUUGUGUUGCUGGGACACAACCUGGGGGGAUAUCUAUCUGCAGCCUACACACUAGCAUACCCACACAGGGUGAAGCACCUAAUCUUGGUGGAGCCGUGGGGAUUCCCCGCCCGUCCAGAGAAGACCGAUCACGAGAGCAGAAUCCCGGUGUGGAUCAGAGCCAUGGGGGCCGUGUGGAGCCCUUUCAACCCCCUGGCUGGCCUCCGACUGGCUGGACCUCUGGGGCCAACGCUUGUCCAGACGAUCAGAUCGGAUUUUAAACAGAAGUAUUUGUCCAUGUUUGAUGACAACACUGUGUCUGACUACAUCUAUCAUCUGAAUGUACAGACUCCUAGUGGAGAGACUGCAUUUAGAAAUAUGACCAUUCCUUAUGGUUGGGCCAAGAGACCCAUGCUGGAGAGAAUUGGACAUAUCAGAGCUGACAUUCCCAUGUCCUUCAUCUACGGAUCCCGCUCCAGCAUCGACAGUAACUCCGGAUACACCAUCCAGAAAACCAGGCCGGAUGUGGAUAUCAAUGUGAUUAGGGGAGCAGGUCACUAUGUCUUCGCCGAUCAGCCAGGUGACUUUAACCAGACCAUCCUCAAGAUUCUAGCAGACAUGGAUUAGAGAAGGGAACUGGAGGAGAGAGACUAGCAGGAAGAGAGGCGGGGGGGCAAAGACAGAAGGAGAUCGCUGAAUCAGGAAGAAGGACCCACACACAUGUACAGACCUGGUACAGAGUUGACUGUGAUUCCAACAUGAUGAUGAUGAUGAAAACAGUAAAGAUGGCAGUUAUGGCGACUUAAUUGUGUCCUUCACGAAAGUCUUAUGUGUCUCUACAGUAUACUCAGUGAGUCGUGCUGAUAUUAUUUAAUCUUUCUUUCGAAAAAUGUACGAGAUGAGUAGGGAUGAAAAUAACUUGUAGUAACAUGUACAGUUGUUGUCAAAGGAUGGUCCGGUACAGGUGUGUCAUUGGGAUGUAAAUAACAGU